AUGUCCUCCACGUUUCCCACUAUUCCCGGUUAUGCCGGCCCCUGGUCACUGAAGGACUUUCUGCUGCGGUACUUCUUCGUGCAGCUGCGAUUUGAGGCGUCCCCAGCGACGCACUUUGUACCAUCUUCCAAUGGGCGGAUUCUGUUUGUGCCCCCUACGGGCGGCUUCGCAGUGGUGGUGUACGCCUCGUUGGGCGCUCCACCGCCGCCGCCACUCAUUGGGAGGUCGGCAGCGUCACCGGUGGGCGAGGUUGCGGCUGCGGGGCAUGACAAGUUUCCGCGAGCGGCACCUGUGAUGCUGCGUGGGAGGCCACUGACUUCGUCGCUGCUGCGGUGCUCUUUUUGGAGCUCCCUCUUCGCUCAGCUGGGAACUGCAGCCGUCAGCUUUAUCGCUGCAUGGUGCCCGUUGGUGGUGCAGUUUGAGCCGAGUGGUGGGGGGCUGCAGGUGUUGGGCCCUCCGCUGAAGAGCGCCGUGCCGCGGGCGGUAAAGCGACAGCGAAGCGUCAGUUGCAUGGGAUUGCGCAAGAGGGCGCGAUGGGAGGGAAAUGCCCAGCCGCGUACCACACAGGCGACGUUGUUCUCAUCGUUGGCCUCGUCACUCUAUCGCUUGAAUGUUUCGCGUCUCCCGUUGAUUGGGGAGGCACCUCUUCGCACCUUUGCGGAAAUCGACCGCGCAGUGGACCCCAGGCUUGCAGAAUUGUGGCAGGAGCAUCACGCAGGUGCAGACCCGACUGCAGCAUGCCGUUGCUCGGUUACUACAGGAGUGGACCCAGUCUCAUGUGCAGACACGUGCAAAGUCUUGAGCAUGUCAAAACGAAUUGGUUCACUUGGUGUUUCCCUACACAUUCUCUGCAAAUGGCGAUGUCGACAGCAGAGUCAGCAUGGAGUCCGUGGAGCGGCAUCUCACACACGUGCUUCACUGUCUUUUGGGCGGUGUGUGCCGGAUGAAUCUUCGCGGGGCGGCAAUUAA